CCCGCCCUCGGCGAGCUCGGCUCCGCCCCGCGGAAGGGAGCCGAGCAGCCGGGUCCGUGAGGGGAAAGAUGUUCGGCGCCGCUCGGCGGCAUGUGGCCUGCGCUUUGUCGGGCGGCGUGGAUAGCGCCGUGGCGGCCCUUCUGCUGCGGCGGAGAGGGUACCAAGUGACUGGGGUGUUUAUGAAGAACUGGGACAUUGUGGAUGAACAAGGAAUCUGUUCGGCUGACAAAGACUGUGAAGAUGCUUACAGAGUUUGUCAGAUACUAGACAUUCCAUUUCACCAGGUUUCCUAUGUAAAAGAAUAUUGGAAUGAAGUCUUUAGCUACCUUUUAAAUGAAUAUGAAUUGGGAAGGACCCCUAAUCCUGAUAUUAUAUGCAAUAAGUACAUCAAAUUCAAUUAUUUCCUGGAUUAUGCUGUGAAUAACCUUGGAGCAGAUGCAAUUGCCACUGGACAUUAUGCAAGGACUUCUUUGGAAGACAAUGAAGUAUUUCAGCAAAAAUACAUACGCAGGCCAGAAGGACUUUUCAGGAAUAGAUUUGAAGUAAGAAAUGCUGUAAAACUUCUUCAGGGAGCUGAUCAUUUUAAAGAUCAGACAUUCUUUCUCAGUCAGAUCUCACAAGAAGCCUUGCGGAGAACCAUUUUUCCUCUAGGAGAGUUAACAAAAGACUUUGUAAAGAAGAUAGCUGCGGAACAUCACCUUCACCAUGUACUGCAGAGAAAAGAGAGCAUGGGAAUCUGUUUUAUCGGUGAGAGGAAUUUUGAAAAGUUCCUUCUGGAGUAUUUGGAGCCUUGUCCAGGCAACUUUGUUUCCAUUGAAGACAACAAGGUCAUUGGAAGACACAAAGGUUGUUUCUUGUAUACAUAUGGCCAGAGAGCCAGGCUAGGGGGCCUCAAAGAUGCUUGGUUUGUUGUAGAUAAAAAUAUUGCCUCUAGGGAUAUCUUUGUGGCACCCUGUACAGACCAUCCUGCACUUUACAGAGAUCUCUUGCGGACAAACAGGGUACACUGGAUCGCAGAGGAACCUCCCGCAGAGCUGAUUCAGGACAAAAUGAUGGAAUGUCAUUUCCGCUUCCAACACCAGAUGGCACUAGAGCCUUGCACCUUAACUCUAAAUCAGGAUGGGACUGUAUGGGUGACAAUGGUCAAGCCAAUCAGGGCUCUUACCCCAGGCCAGUUUGCUGUUUUCUACAAGGGUGAUGAAUGUCUUGGCAGUGGAAAGAUUUUGAGACUGGGUCCCUCGGUGUAUACUUUGCAGCAGGGCAGAAACAGAGAAAAGACGGCUGGGAAUGGGCCUGCUGAUGAGGUCAAGGUAGAACCAGCCACGUGACUGCUUUCUUUCAUGCAAAGACUUUGUUACUUAAAAGAUGUUGAAUUAAAAGCGAGAGAGAGAUCGAGAUCAAAUGGUCUUACAGUUGCAAGAAGACAUAAGAAUACACACAUUGACGUAUUUGUUGGGAUAUUUUCACGAGGUGAAUUAAGAUAAUACUUUAGAGUUUUUUUAAAAAAAAGAUGAAAUAUUUUUGACAUGAUGAGCGACCUAUGGUGGUGAGAAACAGAAGAAGAUUUACUGUUCCUGAGUCGCUGUGAUCCUCGGCAAGGAAUUC